CCGGUACAGACAAGUGGAUGUUCCUGGAUUGGGUGCCGGUGUUGUGGUCACUGCUUGCGGUCAGGUGUAUUGUGUCUGGAGCUUAGGCUCAAGCCAGACCUUUUUCGUAGUCAUGGUUCUUGAAAGCACAAUGAUAUGUAUUGAUAACAGCGACUAUAUGCGGAAUGGCGACUUCGUGCCGUCACGCAUCCAGGCGCAGCAAGACGCGGUGGGCAUGGUCUGCCACGCCAAGACGCGCGCCAACCCGGAGAACAACUGCGGCCUCAUCACCUCGGCCGGCGGCCAGGUGCUGACCACACUCACCACGGACGCCGGCCGGGUCCUCUCCAAGCUGCACGAGGUCCAGCCCAACGGCGAUUCCAACUUCCUCACCAGCAUGAGGAUUGCCCACUUGGCCCUGAAGCACCGACAGAGCAAGAACCACAAAACGCGCAUCAUCUUCUUUGUUGGCUCUCCAAUCGAAUGCGACGAAAAAGAAAUUAUCAAAGUCGCUAAACGGCUCAAGAAAGAAAAAGUCAAUGUGGAUAUUAUCAGUUUCGGCGAAGAGGCUGCCAACACGGACAUCCUCAGCCAGUUCAUCAACACCAUCAACGGCAAAGACGGCACCGGCAGCCACCUGGUGACGGUGCCGACUGGGCCGCAUCUGUCCGACGCGCUCGUCUCAUCACCGAUACUGCAGGGUGAGGACGGUGCCGGCGCGCCUGGCAUCGGCGGCGGCUCGGGCUUCGAGUUCGGCGUCGACCCCAAUGAAGACCCGGAGCUGGCGCUGGCGCUGCGCGUCUCGAUGGACGAGCAGCGCGCGCUGCAGCAGCAGCAGGAGCAGGGGCGCGAGACGGCGCCGGCGGCCGGCGCGCCCGUGGACGCGGCGGCGGCGGCGGCGGCACCGGCCGGCCGCGCCGCUGCCACCGGCGAGGAGGCCAUGUUGGAACAGGCUCUGGCCAUGUCCAUGGGAGGCGGCACCCCGCCGGCACCGCCUGACUUCGCCGCCAUGACCGAAGAGGAGCAGAUCGCCUACGCCAUGCAGAUGUCAAUGGCCGACCAGGCCGCCGACGAGACGCCCACCCCGAUGGAGACCGAUCAGCCGGAACAGGAGAAAAAGCAGGGCGACGAGGAGGACUACCUGGAGGUGGUGUCCGACCCGGCUUUCCUCCAGUCGGUGCUUGAGAACCUGCCGGGCGUCGAUGCACGCUCCGAGGACGUGCGCCGCGCCAUGGGCAACAUCGCCGGCGCCCAACCGCCACCCAAGAAGGACGAUAAAGACAAGGCCAAGAAGAAGUAGGCGCAGCGCGCCGGCCGGCCGCCGCGCGCCUCAUUUGUACGCGAUCUGCUGAUUUCCGACGGUGCGUCCGAUGUAUUCGAGGACGGCUGACUCCCUGGACGGGGCCGGGUAAUAAAUGUGAGGCUGCCGUGGUC